CGACUUGAGGUAGAGAUAGAGCGAGAGCAUGACGUCGCGAAUGCCUCUGGAGGCUUUCAAGUUUGCCAUCUACCUGACUGUGCCCAUUGGUGUGGGCUAUGUCAUCACUCAUCCGGCUAUGACCGACACUCUCAAGGGCUUUACGUCGAUGAAGAACGAGCAGGAGGGCCCUCGGCCGCCGACGGGAUCGCUGGAGGAGGUCCGCAAGUGGCAGGCGAUGCACGCAGGGCAGGCGCCGACAGGCAGCAGCCAAGCGUAGUGCAGCUUGGCUAGAUCGACAAUCGUGCUUGUGUGGCUUGGCGAGAUAGUAUGGCGUUAAAAACGGCAGUUGUUUGCUA